AUGCCGGGUGACCAGAGGACAUACAAGGCGAUGGUGGGAGGGCCAUGGGUUCGGCGGUGGAUGGCGACUGGGGUGGCGACGGCGGCGGCGGCGCUGGGAGGAGCUGAAGGGUUCCUGGUGACUCAUCGUACUCUCAAGAUGGGAGCAGAGAACGAGACUCUCCGAGCUCGAGCAGUGCGCACUUUGUACGACAUGCGGGACCCUGUGGUCGUCGGCUCUUGGCGAUCGAUCAACGACGUCGUCAUGGGCGGAUGCUCUACCGGAGGUCUAAUGCCGGGCGAGGAUUGUGCCAUCUUCAAAGGAGUUCUGAGCACACGUAACAACGGAGGCUUCUCGUCCAUUAGGAGCCCUCAGACAGACAUGGACCUGUCGGACUCAGAUGGGAUCCUGAUCAACUGCAAAGGAGACGGCAGACUGUACAAGCUGCAGGUCUGCGCUGAUGCUCGCUCCCCUGGCGUGAAGUAUCAGGCUGAGUUCGCGCCUUCGUCGGAGUGGAAUGAGCAUGCGGUGCUGUGGUCAGACCUGAAACCGAGCAUGAGAGGUGUCCUGCUUGAAGGAGCUCCAGAAGUGAGCAGAGGAGAGAUCAGUUCCUUCGGGAUCCUAACAAGCAAGGUUACCAGCGAUGGAGGAUACAACUCACAGUUUCAGCCGGGAGAAUUUGCUUUGGCGAUAAGGAGCAUCAGCGCAUUUCAGCUUGAAUAA